GUUUUACCUUCUGCCUAGUGUGAGUUACACUGCAUGAUUCCUGAGCAAACUGUACUGCUGAGUGCAUAACACUAGCAUGCAUGAAAUACAUUCAGAAGGAGCUCCUGUAGAUUACGAGAUAAAAGACAAAAGGACCUAAAUUUGAUUAAACAAUAAAGGAUAUGCAACACUGGCAGCAACCCAGUUAUGAGCCCUACCUGCCAGUCACAGAGAAAUCUAAUCCAAUCACCAGAGACAUUGAUAGAGCAAACCCUGAAGAAAUAGUACAAAUGCUGCAAAAGUGUGAUGCAGAAAUAUUUGAAAGAACAUCACAUGGAAAUCCCAUGUAUCAGACACUGUGCAGCUCAUCUGUGGUGCAGACAAUAGUUGAGGUGUCCAAGAGGGUUGAAGUGAUUCUUAAGGAUCCAGAAGACAGUCUGAUUGUCCUGAGUGGCUGUGGGACUUCAGGCCGUAUUGCAUUUCUCUUGGCGACAUCCCUUAAUAGGUGGCUUGCUUCUCAUCAUCAAAAGCAAAUCUAUUCAUAUAUCAUUGCUGGAGGUGACAAAGCCCUGCUAACAUCACAGGAGUCUCCAGAGGAUGAUCCAUUUCUGGGAGCUCUCACACUGGACAAGGCUUGUGUAGGAAAGAAGCACGUCCUCUUCAUUGGAAUAUCCUGUGGCUUGUCUGCACCAUUUGUUGCUGGCCAACUUGACUUUUGUCUGAGGAAUCUGAAGAUCAUUACUCCAGUGCUGAUUGGAUUUAACCCUGUGGACAUGGCACGGACUGAACCAAUUCAGAACUGUUCAUUUCACUUCAAGGAGAUUGCAGAGAGAAUGAAUGAAUUGCAGAAACAGAAAAAGGCCUACGUGCUCAAUCCAGCAGUAGGGCCAGAGGCAAUCAGUGGAUCUUCAAGAAUGAAAGGAGGAAGCGCCACAAAAGUAAUUCUGGAAACUAUUCUUUUGGCAGGCCACGAAGCUGCAUGUAAUAAUAAAGCAAUAACCUUCAAUGGUAUACUGCACUCACUCAAUAAGUUUGAGAAAGUUCAUCAGAUCACUUACUCACACACGAAAGAACUGGCAGCACUGGUUGAAAAAGCAGCAGUAAGUCUCCGACGGAAAGGGCAUGUGUAUUACCUUGGAUGGCAGACUCUUGGCAUUAUCGGGAUUAUUGAUGCUAGUGAAUGCAUUCCAACAUUUGGAGCAGGCUUUGAAGAUAUCAGAGGCUUUGUUAGCAAUGGCUUCAGUGAGAUGAACAACAAAGAGGGAGAUCUGUCAUCUCUAGGACCACAUUUCAUUAUUGACCACAAGGAUUUUGUCCACACCAUUUUACCCAAUCUGAGUGACAAUGACACAGUGAUAUUUCUCUAUAGCGAGAAUGAUGACCUGAAUGAGGUGUCAGCACUGGCCAAGAGUGUGAGACAACACACUUCAAACCUUCAUGCAAUCGCCCAUGAGCUUACGGGACUCAGUGAUCCUGAUAGAAUGAGAAGUCAGUUUAUGGCAGUCCUCACUAUUAAGUGGCCCUCAUCAUUGCAUAAGUACAACCCUGUCCUAAUGAAACAGCACUGCGAGCUUUCCACUAAAUGGUGCCUCAAUGCGAUCAGCACAGGGGCUCAUGUCCUUACUGGCAAAGUGUACAUGAAUUACAUGAUAGACCUCAGAGUAACUAACAGCAAACUCUACAGAAGAGCCAUUCAUAUAUUAAAGAGGUUCACGGGCAGCACCCAGGCAUAUUGUGAGACAGCUCUGCUAAGAGCUAUCUAUGGCAUAGAAGAGCUGAGUGACGGGAUGAGCUCGACUAAUGUCACACAACACACACUGGUGGCUAAUGAAAGGGGCAGUGUUGUUCCCAUUGCAUUGGUGAUGUUACAGUCUAGAGGCACCAUCGCUGAGGCCAAGUCCUACCUAGAUGCUUAUUCUGUGAUUCGGGAUGCAGUGGCUGCCUGCCAGAGGUUGCUUUAAUAUAGGAGCACUUAAGACUGC